AUGUUUGACCCUUGGAAUAGCAGUAUAAUGAUGAUGUCGAGCGACCUCAUCAACGGGGAUAAGGGUUCGCCUUCAAUCUGGCCUUUUCCAAAUGGAACCUGCCCAAUCUACCGUCUUGCGCCAGAAACUCUCACCGAGAUCUUGAUGUUUUGCUUCCAAUAUGUGGACACAGAAUCCCUCCUAUUCUCCUCGGACGAAGAAGAAGAAUGGAAUGCGAUGUAUGAUGCCAACGUGUUUAUCGCCUCCUUGAUGCUCGUCUGUCGCCAUUGGCGCGAUGUUAUUCUGCAUACGUCGGCCUUUUGGUCCUGUGUCAUGAUUGGUGAACGUGCACGGCUGACGCGGCUUCCUCCACACCUUGAACGGUCUCAUUCCACUCCUAUUAGAGUCUACUUGCGCGGCUGCCACCCAGACUUUCUGCCGAUCAUUAACUUUCACCUCUGGAGGACGAAGGAGCUCUACCUUUGGUUUGAGGAGAGGCACCCAUUCGAACGCGUGGCACUCGAGGCGCUGUCCAUGCCUGCUCAGCGCCUGCAAGUUCUCUUCGUUAAAAUGGUGGAAACGCAAGGCACUUUACUGCCGCACAUGUUCAGCGGUUUCGCGCCUCGUCUCAGACAGAUUUACCUCUCGCCUCUCUGUCUCCGCCCGGUCGACUAUUUUGCCAACCUGACACAUCUUCGCCUCGCAAACCAAGCGGAUAAUUGGGAAUGGAAACUAUCAACACUUUUGGAUACCCUCGAGGCCAGCCCGAACCUUGAAGUCCUCGAUCUCUUUGCGGUGCUCGACGAUGACACUCCCCUGGAUGGUCCGAAACGCGUCGUUGCCCUCCCGAAACUUUCCGUGUUUGAAUUGACAUAUUACGAAGAGGACGUCGUGUCGCUCAUCUUGACCCAUAUCUCCAUUCCUGUCUCUACUCGCCUAAUCAUCGGCGACAUAGUCGAAGGAAGCAGCGUAUCGGAGGUGUUUCCCAUAGAUGUCACGCAUCUGGAGAACCUCAGCCAAAUCACCAGAAUCUAUGUGAAUCAUCAACAUGACUUCGUCACUUUCGCCGGCUUCGGCGAAGAUGGACAUUCAUCCCUCUUGUACGACAGCUCGUAUCACGACAACAUGUUCGAAACAUCGACUUGGCGCACGCUAGGUGACUUUCUCAACGUAAAAAAGCUCACAGAGUUGUGGAUCGACAUCAGCUGCCCCAGGCGGGAAUGUGAUUGUGAUGGGCUUUCAAAACUGGACAGUGCUGAACUAUGGGCGACCAUCCUCGAGCCUAUGGCUAACCUGAGACUCAUAUCCGUCGGUCACAACUCCGCCAGGGCUAUCAUAAAGGCCCUUACCCCUGGAGUAUCGACGAAUUCAGCUCCAUCUAUACGCGCUCCGAGCUUAAAGGAGUUUCUCGUCUAUGACCCUCACAGUAUCUCAGCACAUCUACUUGACCGGCUUCAUCUGCAUGUGGCCUUGGCAGGGCCUCCCAUCGAUGAGCUGCUGGUCCUCUCGGGGCUUCAAGGGGUGUUCGCCACACAGAUUCAUGUACAAGACGGCGAACAGGAGGGAACCAAGGCCAUCACCGAUCCAUUACUAUGUCAACAGUGGAGGCAGGGAAGCGCUGAUCCGAACAAGAAGGCGUCAAAGGAAGAGAGUGAGGCCGAUGCCGACCUGAAGAAUGCAUCGAUGAAACGUUGUCGGAAGAGCGAGGAUGGUGUGAAUGUUGUCGUAAAGUGCUUCUGUCGCAUGAGGGCUGGCAGCUGCCGUAACAAAUGCCUUGAUGAAGACACCCUGCGCAGAGUUGACACCUCUCUGAAGGGAUACGCUUUACUUGAUUGUGUGCGUUGA